AUGAAUUUGUGUAAAUUUAAUGAAAAGUUCAAUCAAAAAUUCAAUUUAGAAAUCAAUGAAUUUGACCCACUGAUUUUUUUAAUAACUAGCAACGCCGUGUUUGCAGACAAUAAAUAUAUUUUUCAUACUAUUGAAUUCAAUGUUAACCACCUGAUAUUUAUUCAAUGUGAGGACAAGGACAAGGACAAGGACAAGGACAAGGACAAGGACAAGGACAAGGACAAGGACAAGGACAAGGACAAGGACAAGGACAAGGACAAGGACAAGGACAAGGACAAGGACAAGGACAAGGACAAGGACAAGGACAAGGACAAGGACAAGGACAAGGACAAGGACAAGGACAAGGACAAGGACAAGGACAAGGACAAGGACAAGGACAAGGACAAGGACAAGGACAAGGACAAGGACAAGGACAAGGACAAGGACAAGGACAAGGACAAGGACAAGGACAAGGACAAGGACAAGGACAAGGACAAGGACAAGGACAAGGACAAGGACAAGGACAAGGACAAGGACAAGGACAAGGACAAGGACAAGGACAAGGACAAGGACAAGGACAAGGACAAGGACAAGGACAAGGACAAGGACAAGGACAAGGACAAGGACAAGGACAAGGACAAGGACAAGGACAAGGACAAGGACAAGGACAAGGACAAGGACAAGGACAAACAGGACAAGGACAAGGACAAGGACAAGGACAAGGACAAGGACAAGGACAAGGACAAGGACAAGGACAAGGACAAGGACAAGGACAAGGACAAGGACAAGGACAAGGACAAGGACAAGGACAAGGACAAGGACAAGGACAAGGACAAGAACAAGAACAAGAACAAGAACAAGCACAAGGAGCACACAUAG